AUGAGCUUCCAGGACCUUGAGCGUGGCCUUGGAGAACGUGCGCCCCUUGCACGCGACACGGCGAUCAACCCUGACGAAGACCUGCAGUUUAAGGCGCUCGCCAGGUCAAUCUCGGUGCAGGUGCAGAAGGUGUCGGGCAACACGGCAGCCAUCGCCAAGUUCGUCGACCUCCUCGGAGGCAGCAAGGACAAUUCUACCCUGCGCAACCGCCUGCAUGACUUGACCGAAUCGACGCGCGAGGUGCUGAAAGGGUCGACUGGAGGUGUCAAGCGGCUGAACGAGUGGAAGCUGUCUCCUUCUGAUCGGAAUCACCGGCAGGAGCAGCAGAAAGUGGCGGCAGACUUCCAGCGUGCACUUGAGAUGUUCCAGUCGGUGUCGCGACGAAGUGCCGAGCGCCAGAGGCUUUUCGUCGAGCGAGCGAAGGCGAACGUCGACGAGGCGGAAGAACGAGCAGCUUCUCAGGAUGAGGCCGCUGCAUCCGGUCAGCUACUUGAGCUGCAAGAAACGCAGCAGCAGAUCAGCGACGCAGACGUCGACUUCCAGGAGCAGCUCAUCCAGGAGCGCGAAGGCGAGAUUGCGCAGAUCGAGCAGGGCAUCACGGAGCUGAACCAGAUCUUCAAGGAUCUGGGUCAGAUUGUCGGCGAGCAGCAGAGCAUGAUCGACAACAUCGAGACCAACGUCAUAUCCGUCGCGCGCGACACACGUGGCGCUUCCGAUCAGCUCACGCAGGCGCACGCAUAUCAACGCAAGGCUGGUCGACGCAUGUUCUGCCUCCUGCUCGUCUUCCUACUGGUCCUGACAAUCGUCCUCCUGGCGGUCCUUCUUUGA